UGUAAUUUUUUCAAACAAUUGUGCUCUAGGACACUGAACGUUUCUGAUAUGGAGAAAGCUAAGGAUGACUUGAUUGUUAUUUUAUGCAAGAUGGAGUUGAUUUUCCCUCCAGCAUUCUUUGACAUAAUGAUCCAUCUGGUUUUGCACUUGCCUGAUGAAGCAAUAUUGGGAGGACCUGUAUUUAUGAGGUGGAUGUAUCCUUUUGAAAGAUACAUGAAAAAAAUUAAAAAACUAUGUUAGGAAUAAAGCUCGUCCUGAAGGAUCUAUAGCAGAAGGAUAUGUUGCAGAUGAGGCUUUGACAUUUUGUUCAAUGUAUUUCAAAGGCGUGGAAACAAAAUUUAAUCAGCCUGAUCGUAACGAAGAUGCACCGUAUGUGAAUCGACACCUCACAGUGUUUGAAUCUCAAUGUCGUCCUCUUAGUAAGGGAAUUCCUGUGCCCCUCGAUGAAAAUACUCGGAAUAAAGCUGAGCGGUUCAUAUUGGAUAAUUCUCCAGAAACUGAAGUGUAUUUAGAGGAACACCUAACUGAGGUGCAACAAAGAGAUAUGGCUGCCAAUCAUAAAUUGAUACAUAAGAAAGAGUUUCGUUCAUGGUUUCAUAAGAAGAUAUAUGACUUGCACCAGCUUGGGUCAUUAGAGCAUGCUGAUGAAUUACUAGCUUUAGCAUCUGGGUCAAAUCUAUUGGCUUACUCCUACCAAGCAUGUAUAGUGAACGGAGUUCGAUUUGUCUCAUACAAUCGAGAUCAGAAUCGAAUUACACAAAAUAGUGGAGUGUGUGUUGCUGGAACAGAAGGUUUUAACUAUUACGGGCAACUUGAAGAAAUACUCGAGGUGUCUUUUACUGGUUCUUAUUCGGUGGUAUUAUUUCGAUGUAAAUGGUUCAAUACAGAUCCGAAAAAAAAGAAAACCAUCACUGUAAAUAAUAUUACUAGUAUCAAUGUUAGCGGUGAAUGGUAUAAAGAUGAACUGUUCAUACUAGCUAGUCAAGCAAAACAAGUAUUCUACAUUGAUGAUCUCGUUAGAGGACGAGAUUGGAAAGUUGUCCAAGAAGUGAAUCAUCGGCAAGUUUGGGACUUUCCAGAUGCUUCAGAUAUGAUUGCUGAUGUUGAUGUUGUACAUGACACCAACUCAUUGAAUUUUGUUUUGACUGUGGAUCUCGGAGAGUUGGUUGUUCAGCAAUCUGAUGUACCAGCGACUCAAGUCAACAUGGCCCAUCGACCUUCUUUAGUUGUUCAAGAAGAUGAUGGAUUUAUUAAUGACAAUGAAGAUGAUAUGGCAAACAGUGUAGAAGAAGCAGAAGAUGAGGAUGAAUUAAUUGUCGACCUUAGUGAUGAUAAUACUGAUGAUGUGUGCCCGAUAGAUGUUGAUGUAAUUAGUGAGGAUAGUGACUAUUCUACUUAGUUUUGUAUCUAGUGUUCAAUGUAUUAUACAUAUUGAGAAAUAAAAAGUUCGUUUCCAAAUAGCAUGUUUCAAAUUACCUAAUCAAUUGAAAUAAUACUCAAUAAAUUAAUUAUAAAUAAUAAUUAAAUAUUAAAAUAGAUAGGUUAAAUUACUAUCGUGUUAGUAGAUGUCAGCAGAUGUGGCUAGAGCUCACGGUGGAGACGCUGGCGGUGAUCCUCCACUGGAUCCUACUAGGAUCCCGACU